CGGCGGUCCAAGAGUAACGGAGCGCGGCCGACGAGGCAGCCUAACGAGCGGGAUCAGGAUGAGACUCGAGGCCGAGGGCAUCGAAAACCACUCCGAAGACAUCGAAAAUCGCACCGAAUACUUUGAAAACCUCCCCAAAAGCGUCGAGGACGGCCCCGCAGACCCCGGGUACUGUCCCGCCUCGAAGACGCCACGGACGCGAUCCACCCACGAAGCGCUCGCCACGCGCUCUGACACCGACUUGGGACGACGUACGGGUCGCACAACACCUCGGAUGAGCAAGAUCGAGGCGUGGAUCGCCGGCGAUAGGCUGACCGCGGCGUCGGUGGCGUACCCGGGUAAGUGCAUCCAGUACCAUCCAUCUGCACCCACUCACCUCUCUGCAGCGAGCGGGAGGAGUGCGGAUCGCGUCUCCGUCGACUGUUCCGCCUCCCGCCAGCACGAGGCGACAGUCGGCGUCUCGCAGAUUGUACAAGGCCGCGCGCGAGGACGACGGCAAGGCCCAGCCUCCUGCGACACCGGGAUCACGCCCGACAAGAUUACCUAGUCAACGUGAGUUUAUCGCCGUCUCCUUCCCCGCAAGAGAGCUUACCAGUGGCAUUCAGGUCAUCCGCACCUGCCCGUCCC